UGUCAAGCCAUGCAUCAUUAGAGGGUUGAGACCAUGUAGAUUGUAGAGCGAUUACAGAGGGGGUUGGACCUAAAAUCAAUUGGAGUGGAAUCGCACCGAAAGACCUACAUUCUCAUGGGACCUAUGGACACUUACCGAAAGAAAAACCAUCUGUCUGGCCUACACAGAUCAUAUUUAAAGAUAUCAUUUGACACUGUCCAAGAAUUGAUGGAUGUGAAGCGUGAUCUAACACACAUUGUUGAGAGAAAUCAAACAAAGUUUGAUACUAUAGAAGCAUAUGAAUCUAUACUGACGGGGAAAAGCAAGCAGCGAAGUCAAGAUUUUAUAGAUUAUAUCACUGAUCUACGUGAAUAUGAUGUCCCCAACCAUGUUCGCUUUGCCAUUGACAUUGACGUUAGAUGUGGUCAGUGGUACGAUGUCGGUGUAUCUAGCUCUGGUGUUAUGUUGGAGAAGAGGACUGAUCUCUUGCAGCGAGCUGAAGUUCAUGUUUGCGCCUUUGAUAUUGAAACCACAAAGCUUCCUCUUAAAUUUCCUGAUGCCGAAUAUGAUUCCGUAAUGAUGAUCUCAUACAUGGUUGAUGGCCAGGGCUAUCUCAUCAUUAACAGAGAGUGUGUUGCGGAAGAUAUUGAGGAUAUAGAGUAUACCCCAAAACCAGAAUAUGAAGGGCAUUUUAAAGUGACAAAUGUAAAAAAUGAGGAAGGACUCCUUUGUCACUGGUUUGCACACAUGCAAGUGGUGAAGCCCGGUAUCUAUGUAACAUAUAACGGUGACUUCUUUGAUUGGCCAUUUGUGGAGACAAGAGCAGCUCUUUAUGGCUUGAGUCUGAAGGAUGAACUUUGGGUUUUCCUGUGACAAUAAUCAAGGGGAAUGUCGUGCUAAAUUUGCUUGCCAUCUGGACUGUUUUGCUUGGGUCAAACGUGAUAGUUAUCUUCCUCAAGGAAGCCAAGGUCUGAAGGUGUAACUCGUAACCACUUUUCUUUU